AUGGGUGACAUCGGACUUGCAACUGCGUCCGCUGGGUUCGAGAAAGAGGUCGUAUGCUCCUCAGGAUGGAGCAGACGACUUUAUCCCGAAUUACCAUGUCAUGCGGUCUCUGAACCUCUUAACUCUCUACUUGACUCUGCCCUGACUCUGCCCGCUCUGCUCUUCAUCCCACAUACGCGGAGUACUGCGUCUCUAUUGCACAGAUUCCCGUAUGUCAUCUAUUCCCGCAGUCCGGCAGUUCCAAGAACCGGGUAUACCCAAGUGGUCAAUAGGAAGCUCUGCGAGUCUCAGUCUGCACAGUCCAACCCACGUUCUCCCCCGUUCUCUCUCCUUCCAACCCUUCCGACGAUUAUCUUCCAGUCUAAUCGUUCGCAGUACCAGAACCCAUGGACCACCUGCCCUCCGAUUCGAUCUCCCACUUCUCCGAGAAGAGCAAGCGCUGCAUCGAGCGUCUCUCCCAAUUCCUCGCCUCGACGGCGGGCCAACAGGACUCGCACGCCUCACUUCUGUCCCGAGUCUGAGCCUUCCUCAAGGAAAGCAGCCGUGCUCGUGCUACUGUUCGAGCGUGACGGCGCGCUGCGCGUAGUCCUCACCACUCGCGGGAAGGACCUCAGGACGCAUGGAGGGCAGACGUCUCUCCCCGGGGGCAAGAUGGAGGAAGGGGAUGCGGAUAUGAUCGCCACUGCCUUCCGCGAAGCCCACGAAGAGGUCGCCCUCCCCCUUCCCUGCCCACACGUGCAUACCCUCGGCCGACUCGAGCUGCACCCCUUCCACAAACUCAUCGUCACCCCGGUGGUAGCGCUCGUGACGGACAGCACUCUGGUCGAGCGGCUGGUGGCGGCGACCGGCGAGGUGGACCAUAUCUUCUCGCACCCGCUCGAGGCGAUGGUCGACCCGGAGCUUGCGGAGGAGCUGGAGGAGCUCGUUCCGCGGGGCGAGCAUUGGCCGCAUGGGCCGUGCCAUCAUGACUUCAAGGAUUACUACAACGUCGCCUCGCUAGGAAAUACCAGCUAUAGGUGGCACUUUUUCCGAAGUUCUGCCACUGCUGUCACUGGUCUCACCGCAGAUAUCCUAAUUCGAACGGCGCAGAUUGCGUACGAUACAGAGCCGAAAUACGAACGAUAUGCGCCUAAUCAGCUAAGGACCUUCGAGGAGAUGGAGGAAGCUUUCAAGAAGGAAGAUUUGCCGAAGAUUCGCCGCUCAGUUCAUGUGCCCUCGAGUCACCUACUCAUCAGUCAGCUGUUACAGACGAUAGGCAUCUAUGAAUUCACAUAUAAGAUGAGCAGCGAUUCUGAGGCGACAUUAUUUUCAGCCACUAUGCCCGUGACGAUCAGACGAGCAAAGGAAUGUGACGAGAGUGCUCUCUCUCGAAUCUGCCUUCUCACCGCAGACGCUGGGGUAUCUGCAGAACCCUUACACGACUUCGGCGAACUCCCGGGGCUGGUAUACGCUGUACCCUAUGUCAAACUUCCUACCACUUGGGGGUUCGUCCUAGAAGAUGACGCAACGAACGAAGUGGUCGGCUACAUCCUCGGCUCAACGGACACGCGCGCUUAUGAGCGCUACGCCGCGGAGCACUGGUGGCCCCCACUCGCAGAGAAGUACCCCCCAGAGAAGAUGACCAAGCCGGGGGACCAGCACUACUCGAAGCUCCUGCGAAACAUGCACACCGCGCCCGACGCGAAUAUCGCCUUCUCCCCUGCGCACCUGCACAUCGACAUCCUGGGCGCGUACCAGAACCAGGGAUGGGGGCGGAAGCUCAUCGCUGCCGCCAUGGAGUUCCUGGGAGGCGAGGGGAUCGACGGGGUGUGGCUUGGCCUCGAUCCGAGAAACGAGGGUGCGAGGAAGUUUUAUACGCGUCUUGGCUUCGGGCUCGUCGAGGGAGCGCCAGAUAACAACCAGAUGGGCCUCAAAUUCGCGGACUUUAAAGUGUAG